AUGCGAGAGGCCGGGAGCGAGAGAGCCCGGGGAUGCGAGAGCGCAGGGGGAGAGCGCCGGGGAUGCGAGAGCGCCAGGGAUGCGAGAGCGCCGGGGAUGCGAGAGCGCCGGGGAUGCGAGAGCGCAGGGGAUGCGAGAGGCCAGGGAUGCGAGAGAGCGCCGGGGAUGCGAGAGAGCGCCGGGGAUGCGAGAGCGCCGGGGAUGCGAGAGCGCCGGGGAUGCGAGAGCGCCGGGGAUGCGAGAGCGCCGGGGAUGCGAGAGCGCCAGGGAUGCGAGAGCGCCGGGGAUGCGAGAGCGCCGGGGAUGCGAGAGCGCCGGGGAUGCGAGAGCGCCGGGGAUGCGAGAGCGCCGCUGACCAAGCCCGACCGUCAACUUAGACUGAGGCUCACAGGUCUCGUGAAGGACAUCAGCAAUAAGAUUACAUUUGCUCCUGAGAGUUGA